GUUUGAUGUUUUUGUAUGUUUCCCAGCUGCUGACUCGGAUGGUUCGUGUGUCCUGUGACAGAUGUUGCUCUGGACAGAGAAGUGGAAGGAGACCUUCUGUUGGGGGACAUGGGUCAUGGGUUGCCUUUCCGACCCGGCACGUUUGACGGCUGCGUCAGCAUCUCUGCGCUGCAGUGGCUCUGUAACGCAGACAAACGGUCCCACAGUCCACCGAAGAGACUCCAUUCCUUCUUUAGUACUCUCUACUCUUCUCUGGCAAGAGGUUCUCGUGCCGUUUUUCAGCUGUACCCUGAAAACUCAGAACAGCUGGAGCUGAUUACAAGUCAGGCCAUGAGAGCAGGCUUCAGUGGCGGCAUGGUGGUGGAUUACCCCAACAGCAGCAAGGCCAAAAAGUUUUUUUUGUGUCUGUUUGUCGGCGUAACAGGAGUUCUUCCCAAAGGCUUAGGGACAGAAACUUCAGGCAAAACGGUCCCAAACCAAGUUCAGUAUUCAGGACAAAGGCAUCGAUUUAAAAACAUGACAGGGAAAUCGGCGAAAAAGGGACGAGACUGGAUCUUAGAGAAGAAGGAGAGACGAAGACGACAAGGACGGGAAGUUCGAGCCGACACCAAAUACACCGGCCGUCAUCGAAGACCUCACUUCUAACUGAAUCGUGCAGCUGGCCCAUGUCAGUAGUUAAAAGUUGCAGAGAUCCGUGUUUGGUUUGGCUCCAGGAGCGUGGCAAAGUGUCGGCUCUGAAACAAACAGCAGCAACGAUGUCAAAGAAUUAAAUCCAGUUUUUACAAGUCAAGUCAGGUUUUUCUGAUCAGCUUAGGAGACUCUGCUCCACGUUUUAUCUUUCUGUCCUGCAGCAGCAGCAGCUACACCCCCUCAAAAGGAUGAAUGUUUUAAAGGAGACAAGAGAUGAAAAUAACCCAAUUAUCACAGUCCGACUGAGAUCGCCAACCAAGGCGCUUGUAUAAAUGAACUUAUUUGAAGUUUGUAAAUUAUGUGAAUUCAAAUAAAAUGGCUGCUUUGUCAUACAAA